AUGCCUUCUCCAUCUUCAUAUCGUUCCGCGGAUCCGCCUGGCUCCCCGGAGAAUGAGUCUGAUUCAGACCUCGAUCUCGACAUUCAGGAGCUCGAUCCUGCGACCACAAGCACCGAACGCACUUCCGGUCUCCUCCGCCAAGAUCGUCAAAACACCGAGCAUCGAUCGCCACGUAUAGCACUGCGAAAUCUACGCAUGGGGGGCUCACGCCGGGCAGGGCAGAAGGCCAGGGGAUAUGGAGAACUCGGCCAGAAUCGCGAUGGCGCCAACGAGGACGCCGAAGCCCUUCUCGCCGAAGCCGAAGGCUCUUCGUCACGGUACGGGGACGGAACCACAGGAGCAGGCUCCGACGAUGAUUCACCCCUCCUCCCUGGCGGCUCACCUCCCAGGCGUCGCUCCUUCACCGGAGACCGAUUCGGGCGCCUCACCUCGAGCCUACGGCUACCCAGCUUCAUGUCAAAUCCAGGCGUACAAGAGGCAAACAAGGACGAUGGGCAAGACCAAGAUGAGGACGACCCGUCGAGCUCCCGUCUCGUCGCCGUAGGAUCCGCGCAAGCGACCAGAUUUCCUCCAAAUUUGGUAUCGAACGCCAAAUACACAGCCUUCACCUUUCUGCCCGUUACCCUGUACAACGAAUUCUCCUUCUUCUUCAACAUGUACUUCUUACUGGUCGCUUUAUCCCAGGCAAUUCCCGCCCUAAGAAUUGGUUAUCUUACAACAUACGUUGCACCGCUGGCCUUUGUCCUUGUCAUCACUAUGGGGAAAGAGGCUUACGACGACAUUGAAAGGAGGAGGAGAGACAACGAGGCUAAUGCGGAGGCCUAUACUGUCUUGACAUUCGACGAGCCUGGUCGAGGCAUGGCUCCUGGGCGGAGGUCUCAUAAGAGGCUCAAGUCGGAUUCAAUGAGGGUAAAGGGCAAAAACUCGGUCAACCACCGGGACAGACUCUCGGAUAUUCAGGAAGAGGAAGAGCGAGCCGAGGGGGACGGACCCGUCGCAGAGCCGUCUUCAGUUGUGCGUGAAGUCAGUCGCAAAUCGCGCGACCUCAAGGUUGGCGAUGUUCUCAAGUUGACCAAGGGGCAAAGAGUCCCUGCCGACGUGGUCAUUUUGAAGUGUAUCACCUCGGAGACUACUAACGCGCCUCCAGCUAUGGAGGUAAUCGUAGAAGAGGAGUCGUUGCUGGUCGAUACGGAGGACGAAGAGCCAAAGAACGCAAAAUUGCCCACCAAGGGCAAAGAAGUUGAAAACAGUGACAAUGGCGGUGGCGCAACUGGCGAGACUUUCAUCAGAACCGACCAACUGGAUGGAGAAACGGACUGGAAGUUACGGCUGGCGUCGCCCUUGUCGCAAACACUGCCGACGGAGGAGUUUGUUCGUCUCCACGUCACUGGAGGCAAACCGGACAGAAAAGUCAACGAGUUCUUGGGCACUAUCGAGCUGAUGCCCAGCCAACGAGGGGCCCUAAACCAGCAGGGAGCCCUCGACGGAGGUGAAAACACCUCAGCCCCUUUAUCGAUCGACAAUACAGCCUGGGCAAACACGGUCAUCGCCUCUAACGCCACCACGCUGGCAGUCAUCAUGUACACCGGGCCACAGACAAGGUCCGCGCUGUCAACUGCACCCUCGCGGUCGAAGACCGGCCUCUUGGAAUAUGAAAUCAACUCUUUAACAAAGAUCCUGUGCGCUCUGACAUUGGCGCUCUCCAUUAUCCUCGUGGCAUUGGAAGGAUUCGAGAACACUGAAGGCAACGUCUGGUACAUCAAGAUUAUGCGCUUCUUGAUCCUCUUCUCGACCAUCGUGCCCAUCAGUCUGCGUGUUAACCUCGACAUGGGCAAGAGCGCGUACUCAUGGUUCAUUCAACGCGAUCCUGGCAUCCCUGGAGCCGUUGUUCGAACGAGCACGAUCCCCGAAGAUUUGGGAAGAAUCGAGUAUCUCCUUAGUGACAAAACUGGCACCUUGACACAGAACGAGAUGGAGAUGAAGAAAAUCCAUGUCGGCACCGUCUCCUACGCCAACGAGGCCAUGGACGAGGUCACAUCGUACGUCAAGCAAGGCUUCCAUAUCCCGCUUACCACCGACCCCUCGUCGCAUACGAUGUUGAUGACGCCGUCCACAGCAUUCUCAAACUCGGCGAACGUCGGAGCGACCCGCACGAGAAGAGAAAUUGGGUCUCGCGUCCGAGACGUUGUCCUCGCUCUGGCGCUGUGCCACAAUGUGACCCCAACAACAGAGGAAGAAGAUGGGAAGACUGUGGUUUCAUACCAGGCGUCUUCUCCUGACGAGAUUGCCAUCGUCCGUUGGACCGAGUCCGUCGGUCUUCGCCUCGCCUAUCGGGAUCGAACAAACAUGAUCCUCGAGUCAACGGAAAAUGGCCGCGAGAUUGUCCGCGUGCGCAUCCUUGAUGUUUUUCCUUUUACGUCCGAAGGGAAGCGCAUGGGCAUUAUCGUUCAGUUCUUCGAUCACGCGCAGUCAACAGCACCGAAUCUCGCCAACAGCGAGAUUUGGUUUUACCAGAAGGGUGCUGACACCGUCAUGAGCCCCAUUGUCGCCGAGAACGACUGGCUUGAUGAGGAAACAUCCAACAUGGCUCGAGAGGGCCUGCGCACGCUCGUGGUGGGACGGAAGCGUCUGUCGUACGAACAAUACAAGGAGUUCACCGGAAGUUAUCAGGCGGCGUCUCUGGCCAUCGCCGGCCGCGACGCCUCUAUGCAACGUGUCGUGGCUCAGUACCUUGAGCGCGACUUGGAGCUUCUGGGCGUCACUGGCGUGGAGGAUAAGCUUCAGAAAGACGUCAAGCCAUCUUUGGAACUGUUGAGGAACGCUGGCAUCAAGAUUUGGAUGUUAACUGGUGACAAGGUCGAGACCGCACGCUGCGUAGCCGUAAGCUCCAAAUUGGUCGCCCGGGGUCAGUAUAUCUACACCGUUUCCAAGCUUAAGAAGAAGGACAACGCACAGGACCAUCUUGACUUCCUCCGUGGCAAGACAGACUCUUGCCUCCUGAUUGACGGCGAGAGUCUGGCCUUGUUUCUUACUCAUUUCAGGAUAGACUUCGUGUCUGUUGCCGUCCAGCUUCCCACUGUCGUGGCCUGCCGAUGCUCGCCGACGCAGAAGGCAGAGAUUGCGAAGCUGAUCAAAGAGUAUACCAAGAAGCGCGUCUGCUGUAUCGGUGAUGGUGGCAACGACGUCUCCAUGAUUCAGGCAGCGGACGUUGGUGUUGGUAUCGUAGGCAAGGAGGGUCGACAGGCCAGUUUGGCAGCAGACUUCUCGAUUGAGCAGUUCUUCCACUUAACCAAGCUCCUGGUUUGGCACGGCCGAAACAGUUACAAGCGUAGCGCCAAGCUCGCCCAAUUUGUCAUUCAUCGUGGAUUGAUCAUUGCUGUCUGCCAGACGAUGUACAGCAUCGCCAUCAAAUUCGAGCCUGAAGGCCUUUACAAGGAUUGGCUCCUCGUGGGAUACUCCACCGUGUACACUGCUUUUCCUGUACUCUCCCUCGUCCUCGAUAAGGACGUUGACGAGAACUUGGCAAACCUCUAUCCUGAGCUGUAUAAGGAACUCACGUCUGGACGAUCACUAUCAUAUCGAACCUUCUUCGUCUGGGUUGCCGUUUCGAUUUAUCAGGGCUGCACAAUCCAAGGCCUCUCGCAGAUUCUCACGGAAGUCGACGGCCCCAAGAUGGUGGCGGUAUCGUACACCGUACUAGUGCUCAAUGAGCUCCUCAUGGUUGCCAUUGAAAUUACGACUUGGCAUCCAGUCAUGAUCAUCACCAUCGUCGGUACCUUUGUCGCCUUUGUGGGUUCCAUCCCAUUCCUGGGUGGCUACUUCGACCUCGAGUUCAUCAUCACUCUGGGAUUUAUCUGGCGCGUCCUUGCUAUCGCGGCUAUAUCGCUCAUCCCGCCCUAUGCGGUGAAGCUCAUCAGGAGAACGAUGAAGCCGCCGUCGUACAGAAAGGUGCAGAGCACGUAG